CGCGCCAGAGGAGGAAGGAGCCGGGCACGUGCUUGGGGGCAGCGCAACGACACGUGCACGCUUGUUUCCCGGCUCACUGCACCUGGGCCCUUGGUGCUGGGCGGGAAGGAGCUCAGGGCUCUGUCUCGUUACCGGUGAAUAGGAAUGGCUGUCGCUAUAUGAACCUGGCAUGGACUGUAGAGACGCGCUGUUACAUUUCCGCUCCAUGUAGUGUGGCAAUACAACAAUGCAGGCAAAGCAGUUUUUUCAACAAAUUGACAGCUGAUGAGCUGUGGAAAGGAGUUUUGGCAGAGUCUGGUGCUGGAGCAAGGAAGGGAAGAGGAAAGCGAACCAAGAAAAAGUUUAAAAGGGAUCUCAAUAGAGGCCAGAUCAUUGGUGAAGGACGUUCUGGUUUCCUUUGGCCUGGCCUCAAUGCGCCUCUGCUGAAAAGUGGAGCAGUCCAGACAAUAAGUCAGCGCGACAAAGAGGAGCAGGAGAAGGUACAGUCUGAAAUUAUCCGGAAGAGGGAUGAGUGGGAGAAGAGAAGAAAAACAAAGGUGAAGAGAGAGAGAGGCUGGACUGGAAAUUCUUGGGGAGGCAUCAGUCUGGGACCACCUGACCCAGGUCCCAAUGGAGAAACUUACGAAGACUUCGACUCCCGGGUAAUUGAGGUGAAAAAUGUAUUUAAUAUGACAGCAAAGGAAGGGAGAAAAAAAUCUGUUAGUGCUCUAGUGGCUGUUGGAAAUGGAAAUGGAGCAGCAGGUUUUGCAGUGGGGAAAGCAAGUGACAGGAUGACAGCUUUAAGAAAAGCAAAGAACAGAGCAAUUCACUAUUUACACUAUGUAGAGCGAUACCAAAAUCACACAAUUUAUCAUGAUAUUACAGCGACUUUUAAAAAAACAACCAUCCGGAUGAAAAAGCAAAACAAAGGCUAUGGUCUUCAUUGCCAUCGAGCCAUCAUUACCAUCUGCAAGCUAAUUGGGAUUACAGACAUGUAUGCCAAGCUUUCUGGAUCCAACAAUUUACUUAACCUCACCCGAGCUCUCUUUAAGGGACUAGCACGCCAGGAGACCCACCAGGAGCUGGCAGAGAAGAGGAGCCUCUACGUGGUCGAAUUCCGGGAGGAAUGUGGCCCCCUGCCCAUCGUCGUUGCUGCUCCAAGUGGCGCCGUCAGGAAGGAACCGGAGCCUGUGGAAGAGGUUCCCGACAUCAAGCUGGAGUGGAGCGAAGUGAGAGCUGCCCAGGGAAUGAAGCGUUCUCCCUGGGCACAUGUCCGAAGGACCGUGUGGUGAAGAGCAGGCCUGCCCGUGCCAGACAGUGCAGCAGCUCCAGCGGGCGAUUGGCCAGGCGUGCACCUGCGCUACCUUGCAUGCUCAGCAGCCUCGCUGGACAUCCAUGUUCAGCCAGCGGCCAGUCUGACCAGCGACGUGAUUUCGGACAUGCCAGUGCUCUGCUGCUCUCUCGCAGCUGCUUUGUAAUCAGGAAUCCCUAAUUGUUCCCUUUACAGAUACUUGGGAAACUAUUAAAAACAUGGAUUAAAUCAAA